AGUGAAGAAGUUUGCUGCGAAGCUCGUGCAGCCUCCAAUUAUUGAUGCUGCCAACCGCACUUAUGAGGGCUGCUUCUUGACGAGAAGUCGUUGUAGCCUAAAAUAUCCUUCACCUCUGAGAAUCCUCCGCCCUUUGUGCUUGGAGAAAGAAGGAUCAGCCCUGCACUACGAUGUGGUCGUGCAUACUAGCAGGCUUGGGAUCGUUCGGAUCGUCCUGCAUCGGGAGCUUGAUUCGUAAGAUCACCGACUGUUUGAUCGAAAGAGUUUCGGAGGAUCCCGGAGUCGCUGACCUCCACAAGCUGAGGAACACUCUUUCGGAGACUCAGCGCACCAUCGGCGAAGUCGAGAACAUGUGGAUUAAAGAUGAAGGCACGAAAAAGCGAUUGAAGGAAUUGCAGGUGAAACUGAAGGACACUGUUUAUGACGCUGACGACUUGCUUGAUGAGAUCCAGUUCCGGGUUCUGAAGCAACAGAUCGAGCAACAAGGAGCUCAGGGGUAUGAGGCAAGUAACCAAUCAUCUUCUUCUUCUGAUCUCCCUCCGAGGAUAAAAAGAAAACUUCAUGAACGUGUCGGUCGCCUCUUCGGUAGAGAAGAUGAUGUGGAUAGAGUGAGGGAAAAUCAGAGUAAGUUAGAUGAAUACACUACUGAGAUCAAGCAUUUCAUUGAUAACUUACAUGAUGAUGAGAAACAGAUGAUAACGUCAGUAGUGCCUCGAACCACCACUUCCUUUCCGAUAGAAACUCAAGUAUUCGGACGAGAGAAACAGCUGAAUGACCUUCUGGAACGGUUGAUGAAAUCGGCCGAUGGAUCCGGAUCCAGCAACAGUAGCAUCUCUACCUUGACUAUUUUUGGGAUCGGCGGGGUCGGAAAGACUACUCUUGCUCAGCAUGCCUACCACCACGAGAGGGUGAAGGACUAUUUUCAUCAUACGGUCUGGGUCUGUGUAUCCGACGACUUCAACGUGGAGAGGCUUACAAAAGAGAUCAUAGAAUCCUUAACCCGAAAGACGUGUGAUCUCAGCAACCUUAAUACACUUCAAGAGGAAGUUAAGGAGAAGUUGACCUCAAAAAGGUUCCUUCUUGUCCUCGACGAUGUGUGGGACGAGAACAGACAGAACUGGGAUAGAUUUCGUGCACCAUUGAAUUCCGGAGUACUAGGAAGCAAGAUUUUGGUUACAACUCGCUCUAGAAAGAUUGCAGAAAUGGUUGGCAAUCCGAUCCCUCUAGGAGUUCUGGAUGACGCCAGCUAUUGGGAAUUUUUCAAGCAAUGUGCAUUUAGUUCCAAAUACAACGGUGAAUAUCCACAGCUAGAAGCCAUAGCAAAGAAGAUCGUUAGCAGGUUGAAGGGUUUGCCACUUGCGGCAAGGAUGGUAGGCGGGUUGUUGAAGGACGGGAUGAAUGAGGAGCACUGGAGAAACAUCGCAGAAAGUGAAAUCUGGCAACUACCGCAAAAUGAAGAGGGUGUCCUGCCAGUCCUACAAUUGAGCUAUCAAUGUCUUCCCCCACACCUUAAGCGGUGCUUUGUUUUUUGUUCCCUGUUCCCCAAAGAUCAUCGAUUUUAUAAAGGAGAUGACUUGGUCCGGCUUUGGAUGGCAGAAGGCUACGUUGCUCAAGACAACAAUAUGACGAUGGAGGAUACAGGAAGCCGCUACUUCCUUGACUUAGUGAAUAGGUCUUUCUUUCAGGAAGCUCUUUGGGGAUCGAAAUAUGUGAUGUAUGUGAUGCAUGACGUCAUACACGAUCUUGCUCAAUUUAUUUCAGAGGGAGAGUUUUGCAGGAACGAUGAUGAGUCGAAAGAGAUCCCUAAUACGACUCGUCAUCUAUCAGCAACAUUAACCGAUGGAACUAAGUUAAUGGAGCUCUCCUGUUAUGAUAAAUUACGGACCCUCAAGAUCAGUAUAAAAAAUCUUUGGUUUAGAUUUAGAGUUAAAAGCCCUUUGUUCAUUCAGUUUGAAAAAUUAAAAAACAUUCGAGUGUUGCUAUUGAAGAACUGUGGCUUGCGGGAGUUGCCUGAGACAAUUGGUGACUUGAUACACCUCCGCUACCUUGACAUAUCCUACAACCGUCAGAUUUGGAGACUGCCGGAGUCACUAUGUGGUCUUUACAAUUUGCGAGUACUCGAUCUGUCUGAAUGUAAACUACAGAGUUUACCGCACGGCAUGAGUAAGUUGAUCAACUUGAUGCAUCUUAAUGCAGAAGACGAAAUAAUUUUCAAGAUAAAUGAUGUUGGGAAGCUGACUUCCCUUCAACGAUUGUCUUCAUUCAAAGUACUCAAGGAUCAGGGAUACAGGGUUGCCCAAUUAGGCGGCCUGAAACAACUUCGACAACUUCGAAUUACCAACCUCGAGAACGUUGAGAGUAAACAAGAAGCAAGCAAGGCUAAUCUGAACAACAAACAGUAUCUUGAAAAACUGGUCUUAGAAUGGACAUCGGAUGACGGCAAUGAAUUAAUUAUGUCGAAGGAGGUACUGGAAGGUCUCCAACCACAUCAGGCUCUCAAACGUUUGACGAUCAGAGGGUACAAUGGAGUCAGAUCACCCAGUUGGCUGCAGGCACAAUUGUUAGUGAACCUGAUAACUCUUGAACUAGAAAACUGCACAGCAUGGGAGGAUAUUUCAUGUAUUAGACAGCUACCGAAUCUCAAGAAACUUUACGUGAAGGGAAUGCCUGCAGUGAAACAAAUAAGUCAUGGAUUAAGUACAGAGAGCAAGUUCUUGCCUAAUCUGGAAGAGCUAGUGCUGGAGAACAUGGUGGCAUUGGAGGAACUCCCGAGACUUGGACAACUGCCGUGUCUUAAAGUUCUUCGCAUCGAUCAAAUGUCAACAAUGACGAAGGUGGGCCACGGGUUCUUUGGUUAUAGAGAUCAAGGCAAGUGUUUUCCUUGCUUGGAGGAGCUCAGGUUCAACGGCAUGCCAAAAUGGGAAGAGUGGUCUUGGGCAGAUGGUCGAGAGCUGUUUCCCUGCUUGCGAAAACUUCAAAUUGAAAAAUGCCCGAGGCUUAAGAGGAUGCCUCCCCUCCCUCCUUCACUUAAAUCACUGUCAUUAUGUGAAGUCGGGUUGACAGAAGUUCCAAGAUUGUGGGAAGAAAUCGAUGGAAGUAGCAGCAGUAUGAUCGUUUCAGAAUUGAAAAUAUAUAGUCUUGAAGAGAUCAAGCUGGUGGACAUCCCAGAAUGUGAGGAACUCCCUUGUCUUGGACAAUUGCCGAGUCUCAAGGUUCUUCGCAUCGAGGGAAUGCCAACAGUGAAGAAGGUGGGCGAUGGAUUCUUCGGUUCUAGAGACCAAGGCAAAUGUUUUCCUAGCUUGGAGGAGCUCAUGUUCAGCGACAUGCGACAAUGGGAAGAGUGUUCUUGGGCUGAUGGCCGACAGCUGUUUCCCUGCUUGCGAAAACUUGAAAUUAAAAGUUGCCCGAAGCUUAAGAGGAUGCCUCCUCUCCCUCCUUCACUUGAAUCACUGUCAUUAUGUCGAGUCGAGUCGAUAGAAGUUCCAAGAUUAUGGGAAGAAAUCGAUGGAAGUAGCAGUAUGACUGUUCCAGAAUAUGGACUCCCUUGUCUUGGACAAUUGCCGAGUCUCAAGGUUCUUCGCAUCGUGGGAAUGCCAACAGUGAAGAAGGUGGGCGAUGGAUUCUUCGGUUCUAGAGACCAAGGCAAAUGUUUUCCUAGCUUGGAGGAGCUCAUGUUCAGCGACAUGCGACAAUGGGAAGAGUGUUCUUGGGCUGAUGGCCGACAGCUGUUUCCCUGCUUGCGAAAACUUGAAAUUAAAAGUUGCCCGAAGCUUAAGAGGAUGCCUCCUCUCCCUCCUUCACUUGAAUCACUGUCAUUAUGUCGAGUCGAGUCGAUAGAAGUUCCAAGAUUAUGGGAAGAAAUCGAUGGAAGUAGCAGUAUGACUGUUCCAGAAUAUGGACUCCCUUGUCUUGGACAAUUGCCGAGUCUCAAGGUUCUUCGCAUCGUGGGAAUGCCAACAGUGAAGAAGGUGGGCGAUGGAUUCUUCGGUUCUAGAGACCAAGGCAAAUGUUUUCCUAGCUUGGAGGAGCUCAUGUUCAGCGACAUGCGACAAUGGGAAGAGUGUUCUUGGGCUGAUGGCCGACAGCUGUUUCCCUGCUUGCGAAAACUUGAAAUUAAAAGUUGCCCGAAGCUUAAGAGGAUGCCUCCUCUCCCUCCUUCACUUGAAUCACUGUCAUUAUGUCGAGUCGAGUCGAUAGAAGUUCCAAGAUUAUGGGAAGAAAUCGAUGGAAGUAGCAGUAUGACUGUUCCAGAAUAUGGACUCCCUUGUCUUGGACAAUUGCCGAGUCUCAAGGUUCUUCGCAUCGUGGGAAUGCCAAUAGUGAAGAAGGUGGGCGAUGGAUUCUUCGGUUCUAGAGACCAAGGCAAAUGUUUUCCUAGCUUGGAGGAGCUCACGUUCAGGGACAUGCCAGAAUGGGAAGAUUGGUCUUGGGCUGAUGGCCGACAACUAUUUCCCUGCUUGCGAAAACUUGAAAUUGAAAGAUGCCCGAGGCUUAAGAGGUUGCCUCCCCUCCCUCCUCCACUUGAAACAUUAGAAAUAGAUGAAGUCGGAUUGACAGAAGUGCCAGGGUUAUGGGAAGGAAUCCAUGGAGGCGACAAUUUAAUAACUGCUUCUCUUUCAACAUUGAGAAUACGUAAAUGUCCAAAUCUAAGAAAUCUGGUAGAAGGGUUGCUAUCGCACAGCUUACCAAAUAUCCGUGACAUUGAGAUAGCGGAAUGUGCGGAACUCGUUUGGCUGCCGGUGAAGGGGUUUAAAGAACUCACUUCCCUUGAGGCAUUGUUAAUCCGCAGUUGCCCGAAUCUCUCGAGCAUGACGCGAGAUGGGGACAUUAACAUCUGCCUCCCACCCUCGAUCGUGGGACUAGUGCUGUCUGACUGUGGGAAUCUGGGAAAAUUGCUACCGGGCUGCCUGCACAACUUGACCUCACUCGCUGGAUUGGAAAUAGGCGGCUGCCCGUCCAUAGAGUCUCUUCCUGAAACGUCGCUGCUUCACCUGAAACGACUUGAAUAUCUGAAGAUUUGGAAAUGUGGUGAGUUGAGAUCAAUAGACGAGUUGCGAGCUCUCAAAUCCCUCAGAGAAUUGAACAUUAAACUAUGUCCCAAGCUGUUGCUGAAUGAAGGGAAUGAGCAAGUGGAAGGUUUGUCGGUGCCUAAAUUAUGCAUCGACGACACAGCCCUGUUUAAACUAUCGCUCUUAAGAAGGACACUUCCAUACGUCCGUGUUCUCACAAUCUCAAACUUUCCUCGAGCGACGAUGUUUGGUGAAGAGGAGCAGUUGUUUCGAAGCCUCACAGCUCUCAGAUCGCUAAAAUUCAAGAAUUGCAAUAAUCUACAAUCACUACCGAGAGAGUUGCAUGCCCUUCCCUCCCUCUGGCUUUUAACAAUAAUUGGAUGUCCGGAGAUUCAGUCGGUACCGGAGAAGGGGCUGCCGACGUCCCUCAUGAAUCUACGUUUCGAAGGCUGCGAUGCGAUGCUGACGGAGCAGCUGGAAAAGCACUUGGCCGAGAUGAAGAGUUCGGGUCGAUUUUCGAAUGUCACCCACCGGGAUAUAUUAAGGUACAUCACAUCCAACCAUUGCUUCUCCGCAUCGACGCAAUUGGUUUUUCGUUGUUUUCGGUUGGUUUUGCCUCCGAGUCUCUGAGACCACUCUAAUAGUAAAACUAAAUACAAGGGUUUAAUUGUAAAAGGAACAAUUUAUUUCUCUACGCUGAAUCCUCAA